AUGACCCAAGAACGUGAAGAGUUUAUUGCCGUGUGUGGGAAGCUAAAGCAGGAGGUACUGGAGCUUCUUGCUAGUAAAUACCAAUUACCCCAAGAUGCUCUUGACUGGGUCAACGAGGUUAUUGACUAUAAUUGCAUGGGCGGCAAGCUCAAUCGCGGUAUGAGCGUCGUGGACUGCACCCAGGCAUUGGCACCGGGGAAGAUCCUCACAAUCGAGCUAAAAGAGAACGCGAGCGUUUUGGGAUGGUGUAUUGAGUGGCUGCAAGCAUUUUUCUUAGUUGCAGACGAUAUUAUGGAUGAUUCUACUACGCGUCGCGGUCAGCCGUGUUGGUAUCGCAAGCCCAACGUCAAGAUGAUUGCAAUUAAUGAUGCUUUCCUACUGGAAGCAUUUGUGUUUCAGAUUUUCAAAAAAAAGUUUCGUUCGGAGCCGUUCUAUAGUGAUUUAGUGGAUACCUUUCACGAUGUUGUAUUUCACACGGAGAUCGGUCAGCUAUUGGAUCUGACGUCUCAGCCAUUAAAUGCCGAGCUAGAUUUGGACCGUUUUACUGUCGAGCGAUACCGUCAAAUUGUGAUCAAUAAGACGGCGUAUUACACGUUCUAUCUUUCAACUGCAUGUGCUAUGUUUCUGAAUGGGUUCAAGACGAUUUUCUUGACUGCUACGGUGAUGAAAAAGUGA